UGCCCAUCCCUGCUCCAGGGGAUCAGGGGAUUACACGAGUGUCAGGCCAAAUCACCCAGUCCUUCCACUCUUCACUGACCGGAUGACCGCACCUCUACUCGCGGAGAUAUGGACCUAAUAAUUUAACAAGUCGCUAUUGGACUUUUAUCGGCAUUAUCAGUUUGAUUUGCAGGUGAGCGAUGGGGAACUCGUAUGCAGGCCAGUUGAGGACCACACGUUUUGAGGAGGUGCUUCAUAACUCCAUCGAGGCUUCUCUCCGCUCCAACACUGUGGUGCCACGGCCUGUCUUCUCACAGCUCUACCUGGAGGCAAAGCAGUCAACCCUGCACAACGGCCGGGUAGAGAAUGAGAAUGAGGAGGAGGAAGAUGGCUCAGAGUCCAACAGCCCUCCCGUCCCGUACAAGAUGAAGCCCACCCCAGAGGGAUGCUGCACGACGGACGGAUUCUGCCAGGCGGGUAGAGACCUGCGUCUAUCCUCCCUGGUGUCAGAGCCUCAAGACGUGCCCCCAGGAUUCCAGCUGGUAGGGGCCUUGUCUGCAGGCACUCCAGACACCCUGCUGGUGUGUGCAGUCGACCGCAGGUUCCUGCCCGAUGAACGGGAAUGCAACGCACUGCUGGGGUUCUCGGGGAACUGUAUAGGCUGUGGAGAGAAGGGUUUUCGCUACUUCACAGAAUUCUCCAACCACAUCAACCUGAAGCUGAGCACCCAGCCGAAGAAACAGAAGCACUUAAAGUACCAUCUGUACAGGAACAACCAGGGACAGCUGGUCAGAGGGGCUGCUAUCUGCUGGAAGGGCCUCGAGAGCAGAGGGAGACAGACAACGCAGCCCAACGCCUCUGACGGGCAUGUAACCUCAGACGAUCACUUCCCCAACCCAGCAGUCACCGCUCACCCUGCACACACACCCGGGAACUACACAGCCAGUUUCCCUUUAGAACCCAUUGCCCCUCCUCCCCUGGGCAACGGGAGCCACAUCCCCCUAUCCCAGAAUCCUCUGCCCCAGACUCCCAUACUGUCGAAAGGACCUGGGAGACCCACAGUUAUAGGUACACUCAAUACGGGACCACUUAAAAAGAGACACAGAGGCUGGUCUCCUGCUGGGGCUGAGUCUGCUGUGAAGACCCCCCUAUCUUCCUCCUCCUCUUCCUCAUCACUCACCAAUUGGACCAAACCAGACAAUGCCCCUGCAGUGAGUCUGUCCCAGGGGUCCUCCAACUCCCCCUCUCCUCCCGGGCCGUCUGUCACAGUGCCUGAUCAGCUGCUACACACCUGCAGACUCCAGCCAAUCAUCUUCAGUGGUCAUGGCAGCCUACCUCGGCUGAGUGGUAAGGUGUCUGAUGUGCAGGUCAGUUCCCUGCUCCAGAGCUGCUAUCAGAACUGCCAGGCUCUGCCCAGGGUCUACCAACACUACGGACCCUCUCCCAUACAGCCCCUGUCUGUAGAGAUGCAGAUACUACUCACUGUGUACUACCUGGUGCAACUAGGUCCAGACCAGGUCCUGCUGAUUGAGGACCUGGAGCAGAUCUUCAUGCGUUCCUGGAGAGAGUCCCACCUCAGUGAGAUCCACCAGUACCAGCAGCCCCAGCCUGGCCUCUCCCUCCCCCAGGCUCCCUACACCCUGCCUGGGCUUCCACUGCCCCAGGCCCAGCUUGGCCUCUCCCUCCCCCAGGCUCCCUACACCCUGCCUGGGCUUCCACUGCCCCAGGCCCAGCCUGGCCUCUCCCUCCCCCAGGUUCCCUACACCCUGCCUGGGCUUCCACUGCCCCAGGCCCAGCCUGGCCUCUCCCUCCCCCAGGUUCCCUACACCCUGCCUGGGCUUCCACUGCCCCAGGCCCAGCCUGGCCUCUCCCUCCCCCAGGCUCCCUACACCCUGCCUGGGCUUCCACUGCCCCAGGCCCAGUCCCUCACCCCCUCCCAGCUGCCCUGGCUGGCCAACCUGGCAGCCUCGUCAUGUGGGGAGGGAGUGGUGGUUCUGGGGGAGAAGGUCUCGAUGGCUCUAGGGCUGUCUGACACCUUCAGUAGGCUGAUGGAGGGACAGCUGGCUCAUACCAACUAUGUGGUCAUCAUCUGUACAGGCAAGGGACAGGAGACAGAGUCUUGCAUGGUGGUGACAGGUCAACACCAGUGUCGUGCCCUGACUGAGGGGAUGUUCAGUCUCAGUGAUAGUCUGAGAGAGAUCAGUCAACAGCUGUCCUCUGGCAUGACCCAGGAGCUCACUACCUUCUGCAACUCUCUGGGACCUGAAGGUGAUGUAGAUGUGUUGCUGGAGAGUGCUGCUGUGGAGAACAGGAGCCAAUUGACCCCCCUGUCCAUCAGUCAGGAGUGUACAAAAGACAGCAGGCCCGUAGACAGACAGACGGACAGAGCUACAGGCAUCCCCAAAGAGCCAGCCAGAGACACACACACAGACAGAGCAGAGAGCCCCAAGGACUCCUGCUCAGAGUACCGUGUGGAGUGGCGGGAGGUGCGGCCCAUCCAGUUGGUGGUAGCCAGGAAGCUGCUGUCCCAUGUGUGUGUAGAGUACCGUGUGGAGUGGCGGGAGGUGCGGCCCAUCCAGUUGGUGGUAGCCAGGAAGCUGCUGUCCCAUGUGUGUGUAGAGUACCGUGUAGAGUGGCGGGAGGUGCGGCCCAUCCAGUUGGCGGUAGCCAGGAAGCUGCUGUCCCAUGUGUGUGUAGAGUACCGUGUGGAGUGGCGGGAGGUGCGGCCCAUCCAGUUGGUGGUAGCCAGGAAGCUGCUGUCCCAUGUGUGUGUAGAGUACCGUGUGGAGUGGCGGGAGGUGCGGCCCAUCCAGUUGGUGGUAGCCAGGAAGCUGCUGUCCCAUGUGUGUGCCAUCGCUGACUCCAGCACUCAGAACCUGGACCUGGGCUCCUUCGACAGGGUCCUCUUCCUCAUCUGUGUCCCUCCAUCUGAGGUCACCUUCCAACAGACUGUACUGCAUCUCUGGAACUCAGGUGUCCUACAGAAUCUGGGGUUGGAGCAAGACUGUCUGUCUCAGAGAGAGGCAGAGCGCUACGUGGUGAAGAUGGACCAGGAGGCCAGGGCGCGCAUUGAUGACCUCAUACAGGAAGCAAACAGGAACCCCAACACACUCUUCAUUCUGGUUCAUGACCACGCUCACUGGGACAUCAGCAGUGGAGGGUAUGCUGCCAGCGGUGGUGACUCCGGCAGUGGGUUGGUGGACAGCCUGCUCAACUCCUGUCAGAUCAGAGACGCCAACAACAUCCUGAUUCUCCACGUCACCUCGUUCCCCUUUGCCCUGCAGACACAACACACACGCAUCAGCCCAUACAACGAGAUACACUGGCCCUCUGCUUCCAAUAAUGAAGUGGAUCUGUACCUUGAGAAGACACAGUACUUUGGUGUGUGUGAGCUGCUGGACUCGACUCGUUCAGGCAGCGGUCUGCCUCUCCUCCGCUACGACAGCUCCUUCGAAAGCAUGGCCUCUGUCCUGGAGGAGAGGUUCCCCAAGCUACACAGUGCAGUGAUCCGGACCCAGGUUUUAAUACAACACUACUGUGUGGCCAUGAUGGCCGUGUCGGGUCGGUCUGGCUCAGGGGGGCGGAGCCAACAUAAACACACCUCCGUCGAGACGCUGGAGAUCGUCCAGAGCCUGCUUAGCGCGGCCCAGCGAUGCCCCUCCCACCAUGGUCACAUGGUGCUGCUACGGCUCCCCUCAUUGGCUCUGGCAGGGUGGGCCCACCAACAGCUGGUGCGGAUCAGACAGAGACUGGGGCUGGGGGAGCUCUUUGAGAUCAUCCUGGGAAACCCCAGCCAAACCCUCAGCAUAGGACAGAGCUUCACUGAGCGCAUCAAGACAUGGCUGAAGAUCCAGGAGACAGACUGGGUUCCUCGUACCUACCUGGAGCUAGAGGCCCUGCCCUGCAUCCUCAUCCUCUCUGGGGCAGACCCCCUGGGAGAGUCCCUACCCAGAUCACUGAAGUACUGUGAUCUGCGUGUGAUAAGCUCCUCCUACCUGCAGUGCACGGCAUUGGAGCAGGAGCUAGGAUUGGCAGCCUACCUGGUGAGGGUGGAGUCCCAGGGGUCACAACCCCACGGCCACGCCCCCGGCCUGGGCAGUGACCUAUCAGAGAGCGACUCAGACAAACUCCACAGCACCGACAAUGAGGAGAAGGAGGGGGGAGAGAACACUCUGAAAUCUGACCUCCCUGGCCUUGGUCACAGCGCUCCCUCUGUCCCUCACCCUCCCUCGGUUCUCCAGCCCCCCCGAACCUUCCCCGACAGCAUUGCUGCGGACCCCCUCCAUCCCCACACCACCCCCCAAGGCCCUCACCUCCCCCCCAACACCCAGCGCCGGCCCUCCAAGUCCACUUCCUUGGUUUCCUCCUCCCCCCUACCCCCCUCUCUCCUUCAGGGCUGCUCCUGGGCACAGGGGGUAAGCCGCCCCCCUUCCCUGCUGCUGCCCCGGGGACUCUAUGAUAUCAUCAAGGCACCCGACGGGAGCGGGCUGCCUCGCUGCACCUCCUUCCUACCACACCGGUCCGUGACCUGGGCCAGCUCCUUCAGACCUCUGCUAAGUAAGAUGAUGACGUGUACAGAACAGUCUCUGUAUUACCGCCAGUGGACCAUCCCACAGCCUCACCACAUGGACAGCAGCAACCGCCCUGCAAAGGGGCGCACAGACAACUUCCAUCCCCGCAGACUGCUGCUCAGUGGACCCCCACAGGUGGGGAAGACAGGGGCGUACCUCCAGUUUCUGGGCAUCCUGUCUCGUAUGCUGAUCCGACUGAUGGAGGUGGACAUCUAUGAUGAGGAAGAUAUCAACUUCAGUGGUCAGCUGGAGCAUGUCCAGUACCAGCCAACCUGUGCCUCCUGGCCAGUCACAGACACACUGAGGGGCAUUCCGUUUGACUACACCAUCCACGACCCCAAAUAUGAAGACAUCAGCACUAUCUACUGCCCUGGCUACUACCCCAACACUGAUGGAAUCCCCAGACGUCAGGAGGACGUGUAUCUGCGGAGGCGUACGGCCAGAAUCAAACUGUCUAAAUACGCAGCCUACAACACCUACCACCACUGUGAGCAGUGUCACCAGUACACAGGCUUCAACCCCGCAUACCAGAUGUAUGAGUUGACCCUGCAUGCCUUCACCUUCUCCCACCUGCUGCUGGGGGAGGAUAUCCAGCUCUACUUCAUCAUUCCCAAGUCUAAACACCACCACUUCAGCUUCAGCCAACCAGGAGGCCAACUAGAGAGCAUGAGACUGCCCCUCACCUCCGAUUGGAACCCAGACUGUAUCAAGAGUCCCAUCUUCACCCCAACAACAGGUCGUCAUGAGCAUGGCCUGUUCAACCUGUACCACGCCAUGGAUGGGGCGGCCCACCUCCACAUCCUGGUCAUCAAGGAGUAUGAGAUGGCUGUCUAUAAGAAGUACUGGCCCAACCACAUUAUGCUGGUGCUGCCCACCAUCUUCAAUGGAGCCGGGCUCGGUGCGGCCCACUUCCUGAUCAAGGAGCUGUCCUAUAACAACCUGGAGCUGGAACGCAGCCGCAGGGUGGAGGGAGGAGGGCCGCCAGCCGACGUCUGGCCCUUCAUCAUCCUCUCUGACGACUCCUGCGUCAUGUGGAACGCUGUGGACCUGGACUCACACAGUACCUCAGGCCCUGCAGAGAGGAACGUGUCUCUGAAGCAGAUGCUGCAGCACAUGGAGGCGUGUCCUGACCUCACACAGUUCGGCCUCUGUGGGAUCAGGAAGUGGAGCAGUCACUCCCCAGGUCAGGGGUCAGGGGGAGGAGCUCGUCACAGGGAGCCCUUCUCCAGAGGACACCUCCACGACUUCCUGCUUCUAAACGUGGACCUGACCCAGGGCAUCCAGUUCAACCAGAACAGGUUUACGUGUGAUGAUGUUGACUUCACCCUGCGAGUCCACAGUGCUGGUCUGCUCAUCUGUCGUUUCAACAACUUUAGUGUGAUGAAGAAACAGAUCUCUAUUGGAGGAUACCACACCUUCAUCAUCAAGAACAAGACGACUGACGUCCCCACCUCGGUCCAGCCGUCUCGGUAUAUCUGUGCCACGGACAGCAAGCAUCCAUUCCUGGCCACGCCUGCACAGCUACUGCUGGAGAAAUACCUGCAACACUCUAGCCUGUUCCCCCUUAGCACAUGCAACUACACACACCCCAUACUGUCUGUAGACUGCUACCUCAACCUGGGGCCUGAGGUGACGGUGUGUUUUGUGAGUUCCAGACCUCGCUCCAUCAACAUCUGUACUACAGGGCUGCUGUUCAGCGGCCUGUUGCUCUGCUUCUGGGAUUCCUUCGUCACGCCAGGAUUCCUAAAGAACUUUCACUUCCUCAAAGGGGCAGUUCUGUGUGUGAUAUGUGCUGACCGCAGCUCUCUGAGACAGACAGUGGUGAGGCUGGAGCUCGAGGACGAGUGGAGGUUCCGGCUGAGUGACGAGUUCCAGACAGCCAACGCUAAAGAGGACCGGCCCCUCUUCUUCCUCACAGGGAAACACAUAUGAACCCCCCUAACUCCUAAACCCAUGAAUCUCAACCCCGUACCCCUCAGCUUGAACCCUGCUGUAGGUUCAAAACAGAAAGGCAAAAACUGUCUGUACACUUCUAGUGGAUCAAGCCAAUAACCCAUGGAGAGUGUAGCUGCUAGUGAAUAUAGCUAUGAGUCUGCGACUUGUAUGGCUCUGUUUACUGUAGCAUUGCUGUGGUAGUUACUACAAUACUACAAUACUCCAAUCAGCCCUCCUCCUCUCUGGUGUGAUUCGUUACAAGUCAUCAUUCCACAGUGCAUGCCACCAUUCUUAUUGUAGAUAAUGAAGUGUCGGUUUUUUUAAAGAAGUUUUUUGUGAUAUACAGUGAUUCAAUAUUUUGCAUAUAUUUUGACAGUUUUGUGUCAUGUAAAAAGUACUUAGCUAUGUAAAAGUGAUUUCACGCCAGUGUUCUUCAAGAGGUGAGAACUCUUAUGUGUAUGUGGCUCUCAUUUCUGACGCUCCGUGUUUGUGGUCUCCUGGUUAUCAAUAUGUUGAGAAACUUGAAUUGAUGUUGUCAUGUUCUAUAGACACAAUGUCCUGUGUACUGUUAUGUUUUACAAUGUAUAAAUGUACAUGUUCUGAAAACAGUCUCAAUCUAUUUUACAGUAUCUGCUGUUGGUUAUGCUGUACAUCCGCCUGAAUGACGUUUUUUACCAUCAGGUCCGAGAGAACCACUCAGAGUGCAGGCUUUCAUUCCAGCCCAGCACUAAACACACCUGUUUCAAAUAAUCAACUAAUCACAGGCUGUAUGUAGUCUGGACCAGGAAUAGUUGAUGCGGGGCUGGAACAAAAGCCUAUGCACCCAUUUGCUGUCUAGGUGCUGGAGUCAUAAAACCCUGCUCUAAACAUUGACUCACUGCUCUUCACACAUCUCUCACAGCAACUCUCAUUUCCCACCACUAGUGGGUGGUGUCUCCCUGUUUAUUCCCCCCCCCCCCCCCCCCCCUUUGUAUUCUUUUGCUACACAUAGGAGACGCGACACUAUCUGUGGCCAGCAGAGGGCAGCACACACUAUACAUUUAAACUGACGGUCAAUGGAAGCUAUUGCCACUGGGCUCAAGUUGAGGACAGAUGAGAACAAUUAAUCAAGUCCAAUUGAAAUGUGCCUUACUGACACCUAACAGUGUUACCUUACGCCUAAGUUUUCCUCUUAGCGAACCACUAAGAUAAUCAGUCAUUAUGUAAGAGUCUUGUGGCCUACUGUAGUUAUACAGUAUUAUACAACGGGUGGGUCUAAUUCUGAAUGCUGAUUGGUUAAAACCACAUUCCAGUCGGUGUCCAUUCCACAAGUUACCACUGGCUAAAUCUAUGACAUUAAAAUACCUAUUUACUCUGUUC